GUUGGACAUUCGACACGUUGAGCUCUACCUCUCCUUUGAUCUCUGAUGUCCUUUCUUCGAAACUGGUUCAAGAGGUCUGCACCCGAGGACUAUGAAGAAAUCCUCGCUUCACUUGCCGACGACAUCCAAAAGCGCCAGACGCGUCUAUCCGAAAUCCGACUUCGAGAGCGGAGAACAACACUCCUGUUUACCUUAUAUGCACUAGCGUCAUGGGUUGCAUACGUUAGCCUGUGGUAUAUGGGUUACAUACCCGACGUUCACCUGGUGGGAGGAAGGCAGAGGUGGGGAAGGGAGGUGACGAAAGCUGCAAAAGCGUUGCCGGUAUUUAUUGGGCCUAUCAUCAUCCUAUUCAUACGCCGUAUCGUGCAAAUAUGGUACACGCGCAUCGGUGAUGCGGAAGAGAAGACUCUGAAGACGCUCAAAAAGCAGCAGCGCGAUAAAAUCGAGGAAAUCAAGAAAAAGACUAACUACAACACUACUCGGAACCUUAUCGAACGGUACGACGACCUACCAAACGGUAGUCCUGGAACCCCUCAGGGCCUUAGGAAGAGGAACGUAGCGCCCGGUAUGCCCGUUAUCCCUGGUCCGCCUGUUACGCCCCAGAGGCUACAGCAGCCACCUCCGGUACCAGGGAGUGCAAUGUCACCGGCACUACAGAAUCGUCUGGCGGUCCCCCCACCGCCUCCGAUGACGCCGCCGCGUAAACAGUGGUAUGAUAAGCUUGCGGAUGCACUUCUAGGCGACGACGAGCCUACCAUGAACUCGCCCGCGAGCAAAUACGCGCUAAUCUGCGAAAAAUGUUUCGCUCACAAUGGCCUGGUGAAAGAGAGUAUAUGGGAGGAUACACAAUACGUCUGUCCUAAGUGUGGCCACUUCAACGUAUCCAUGCGCUCGAAGCGAGAACGGAGCAAGUCCGCUUCGCCACGUUCGCCAGCCAGUGCGCUUUCCCCCUCUCCCCCACAGCAGGGAGCUGCAUUCGCUCCGCCACUGGGUGCGCCUGCUGCCGUUCAGGCGGCGCAGGUCCGAGGCGUUAGCGAACCUCGAGAUGAGCAUCUGGAGAAUGAGGGUAAUUCGAGUGUCAUGGUGGUGGAUUCAUAGCCCGAGGGUUGGGUUAGAUACGUCCGUUUUCCAAUACUGGUAUUCUCUGCGAGACAUCACAUUGCUAGUGUUAUUCUGUUUCUUUGGCCAUGUCCGCUCUUGAACACGAAGUCAGUGCAGGUUUUAUGUGAUGCGUUACCGUGAGGGCAAGGCACACCGCCCAAUGCUCGAUCCUCGGC